UCGUCCUCGUUCCCCACCGGUUGCCCGUGCUCUUCCUUCCCUGACCCGCGCUUUGCUCUGCUCGUACGCGGCUGCUCGCGCUGCGUGGCUGGGUGGUUCCCCUUAGUUCGGGCCUCGGAUCGGAUUGCUUCCGUCGCCGAUCACUUAGUGCGGGGCUUCUCCUGGUGAUUUGCUUGUUGCGCCUGGAUGGUUUUGGCUGGCCAACGCCAUGGUUGGGGAGCUAUGAGCUCGAUCUCUCCAUUUCAAUCAAGUUGUUCUUCCUGAGCUGAUCCAACCGACACCUGCGACCGUUCUGAUCAGGGACGCCAGCUGCUGCUGCUCGCCUGCUCAACACCAACCGAGCCAUGGUGGAAUCCAAUGGCCUGCGGGGUGGCGCCGCGCCUGCCGCCGCGGGGGUCUUCAGGGUGCCGGGGCUGUUCGUGAGGCUGGGCACCGCCAAGGGAGCCGCGGCGGCGAGCAGUGCCGUGGACGCCGACUCGGUGUGGAGCCCGACCUCCCCGCUGGACUUCAGGGGCCUCAGGUCCAGCCCGCCGAGGGUCGGCCUCGGCCUCGUCGACGCCCUCACCGCCGGCGGAGGCUGCUCCGUGCAGCUCGGGUGCCGGAGCUCGUUCCUCGACUCCAUCAGGCCGUUCCUCGAGCUCGCGCUGCCCAAGGCGGUGUGCGGGAGCAAAGCUGCCUCGCCGGCCGGCAUCGCCACCACCACGCUGGAUGAGGCGAACGACUAUGCGGACUCCGAGGAGUACACUUGCGUCAUCUCGCGCGGGCCCAACCCCCGCACGACGCACAUCCUCGCCGGCGAGACGCUGGAGGUGCGCGGAAAGGGCGAGGCAGGCGGUGGUGGCUGCAGGAAGGCGAUUUUCAGCAUCGAGCCUCUGAGCGACCAGCGGCUGUCGACGUCAUCGCCGGCGGCGGCGCCGGCUAGUGCUGCGUCCGGCCGCUGCCGCUGCUGCAUGAAGAGGCUGCCGGAGGACACGGACAUCUUCAUGUACCUGGGCAUGGCGUUCUGCAGCAACGAGUGCAGGACAGGGUACAUCGAGGAGGCGAUCGAGGAGGCGGAGGAACUCAUGAUUCUGGACUCUGCUCUGAAUCUCUGAUUGAAGAUUUUGUUAAGCUGCCGAGGCAAAGUAGUAGUAUUAAAUAUUGCCCGCAAGCUUUCUGCCAUCUCUUUUGCCUUUACUGCUAGGAUUAACUACUAGUAAGAGGGGAAGGGAAAAAAGGAAAUAGAAAAAAAGGAGGGAAGGGGAAUGCCUCUCGUUCAUGUUUUUCUGAAAUGGAGAGGUUUAGGUUCGGCCUGUUUGUGCACUGGCCGAGCCAAUUUUCACGAUUUGUUGGGCUCCAUAUUUUAGCCGCUGUCAAACUUUAUCUGCACCAUAUAUUACCCCGUUUUUACAAGGCUAGUUCAUGCCCUUUUUUA